GUCCUACCUCCUAAUUUAGGGUUCAGAUUUUAUUUCUAAAGCUGUAGACAUUGCGGCCAAGGAGUUGCUAGCUGCUGCUACACCUGGACAAGUUGACCAGGUGGAACUAGAUCGUGCUAAACAGGCCACCAAAUCUGCUGUUUUGAUGAAUCUGGAAUCAAGAAUGGUAGCAUCAGAGGACAUAGGACGGCAGAUUUUGACAUAUGGAGAAAGGAAACCUAUUGAACAUUUCCUUAAAGCAGUUGAUGAGGUUACUCUGGAAGACCUUGCUUCUCUUACCGAAAAGAUAAUUUCCUCGCCGCUCACAUUGGCUUCUUUCGGAGAUGUUACUCAUGUGCCUGGUUAUGAAUCAGUAAGCAGAAAGUUUCACUCCAAGUGAAAAUCUUAAAAAUUCCAUAACCUGUUAAUGCUAUAUUCUUCAAAAUCAGUUUUGCAUUGUUGUAGCUUUCAUGCAGCUGAAAUAGUUGCCAUUUUUAUAAGAAAUAUAUAUUGGAAGAAUAAUUAUCCAAACUGUUGUGGUUAUAUCUUUUUAAUAAUCCCUUCCAGUUUAAAUUCAAAUGUAUAAAUUUUCCGGGCAUGCUCAUGUCCCAGAAAUUGAAGAGAAUUUCAUUAUGCUUGUGUAGCAAUCAGCCAUGCUUUUGAGGGAAGCACCAUUCAUGUUUCA